CGGCAGUACUCGCGCCGCCGCCGACGUGCUCGCACCAUGUUCAUCCCCGACACGCUGCGGAGCUGCAUGGUGGAGCCCGACGUCUCGACAUACCUGCAGGCGCCCUCGUCUGGACAGGAUGAAUUUCAUCCUUUCAUCGAGGCACUGUUGCCUUUCGUCAAGUCUUUCUCCUACACGUGGUUCAACCUGCAGGCAGCGAAACGCAAAUACUUCAAGAAACACGAGAAACGUAUGUCCUUAGAGGAAGAAAGGCGGUGCAAGGAAGAACUCCAGAACGAGAAAGUGGAGGUAAAGCAGAAGUGGGCGUCCCGGCUGCUGGGCAAGCUGCGAAAGGACAUCACGCAGGAGUGUCGGGAAGACUUCGUGCUCAGCAUCACGGGCAAAAAGCCCGCCAUGUGCGUCCUGUCCAACCCUGACCAGAAAGGCAAAAUGCGCCGCAUCGACUGCCUGCGACAGGCUGAUAAGGUGUGGAGGCUCGACUUGGUCAUGGUGAUACUUUUCAAAGCAAUCCCUUUAGAAAGCACAGACGGCGAACGCCUCGAGAAAUCCCCCGAGUGCACUCACCCGGGAUUGUGCGUCAACCCGUACCACAUUAAUGUUUCCGUCCGAGAGUUAGACCUCUACUUGGCCAACUUCAUCAACAGCCACGAAAUCUUGAGUGGCUUAUGCGAUAACAAUAAUGACAAAGAUGACGACAGAGGAAUGAAAGGCUACACUCACAACCCAUACAACGGAGUCGUAUGCAACGACACGAUUUUAGCCACUGGAGUCUUCUCAUCCAAAGAACUGUGGAGUCUUUCCAAAGCUUCUAUCAUGCAGGGCCCGAAUGGCAUGCAGCCUCCAGUGAGUGCAAUAAAGCUGGAGAACCCGAACUACUACUGCAACAGCUACACGCCGCCCGCCUCCGACCAUACCUCCAUGAUGCCCACCGGCGCCUACAGCCCACUUUCCCUGCCACGUAGUUCUCACAGCCCUGGAGAGCCUAGGCACAAACGGCCACGAAGUCUCAGCUCAACAGAAGAGGACAUGGAUUUGGCGAAUCGUGAGAAAGGCGAUGUCUCGUACUAUGGGCAGAGCCCGGCGUCCCUUUCCAGCCAAGCCAGCUGGCAGUCAGAUGUUGAUCAUGGUCAACCCCUGCACCUGGUGCAUGCUGGAAAGGUCGCCAAGGCAGUACUCAGAGCAUCCGACACUAACAAGGACCCCUCUUUGUGUAGUCACCUCCGCUCAGCUCAGGAAGGUCUGCAGCAACACAGUUCUGUGACAUCCAUAGCUUCCUCAAGUCUUAGUGGAAGUGCAUCUGCCAGUUUCUACCAACAAGCAUCUGGCCCCAACCACACUCAACACAGUCCAACAAAAUAUCCUGAAAAUGGGCAUGACACACUGUCUGAUUUUGUUACCUUUGUGUGUCAAGAAGCUGAAAAUACGCAACAAGGGAGUCAGUCUCAGCCGGGUCCAUCAAGGAGUCCAUCAAAACUGUCUCAAUACUACCCUAGCUCAAUGCUGCCACCCCCACCUCCCCCACCCAUGGCUCGACCUGUGGCAAUCAUUCGAUCUACAGCCAGCGAAUUGAAAGAUCCAGUUUUACACAAAGUAGGAGGAAGUAUUCAACACAUAUCUCAACAAGACAAUAAUUACCGGAACACCAGAAAGGCUCAAGAAGUUACAGAAAAUGCUCCAGUUGAAGAAUUUCAGCAAGAAUUGCCUGACACGGUAGAAGGAACAGGUGAUAUAUCUUCUGAUGAAAAUGUGGAUAUAAUAAGGCAGACUUCAGCUCAGAAAAUGAGAGGUGGAAUGAAUUGACAAAACUUAGACACCUGUAAUCAAGACAUGAGGGAUGUGAUUUAAAGAAACCAUGAGACAGACCUAAAUGAUAUAUUUUUUAUCUGAGGCACCAUUUCAAAUGAAGUGACAGGGAAAGUUAAUACUCAUAGCGCACCAAGGACUAAUGAAUACCAAGAGCCCUCUGGUUUAGUGAAACAACUUGUGGGCAGACAUUGUUGACAAAUUUUCAAGUCAAAGAGCAAUAUUAUAUAAAAGCUGACUAUAAUGAAUAUAUCAUGUACAUUUCAUAUAUUCUGGAAUCUCUCCACUAUAAAUCAUAAUCAACUUUACCAGCUAAAAGAUUGGGACUUAAUACUGUGAAUAAUGAGUCAACAUGUUACUUAAAUUCAGUUGAAUAGUGUUCUACACACUACACAUAUGCCAGUUAAUUUAUUCUUUUCAUUCAUGUAUACAUAUUCCUAAAUGUGAUUUCAGACUGCAAAUAUCAGUACUGGUGCAAAAGUAGUUACAGACUUUUGUGCAAUUCUCCAGCAUAAAACAACUAGGAAACAGCUUAGAGAAGUGUGAAACAACACAUUUUUGAUCAAGUUAUAAUCAAGGAAUGUGCAGGACCCUUGCAUGGAGUAAUAAUAUAUGUGAUGGAUGACAUUUGCACCCCAGAUUAGAAAUAAAUGGAAUUACUGUAUGUAUGUAUUUUGAAUAGAAACCACACAUUUCAUGCACAUGCAGUGAAUAAAGGCCAUAGAAUUCCCAUAGAUUAAAUAAAUGAAGAUGUGCUAUUCAGAAUAUUUGCACCAUAACCUAGCAUCUGGAUGCAACAUAUCUGUUUCAUUUAUUAACAGAUAAUGAUUUUUUGGCUAUUUCAGAACGAAGUUGUGAAAAUGUAUUUCAGUUCACUUAUGGAAUAUUUAUUUGCCCUGGUCUGGGCAUCAUUAGCAGUCCUACAAUACUUCAAUAAUGGUUUUGGAAAACUGCAGAAAAAAUCAUAAUUAUAUCAUAAAAACAUAUAAAACAAGUAUUGGGUCUUCUACCCAUAAGCCCAUUAUACACUUGUACAUUUGCUAUCUUAAACAGUAAACAAUCCACCAUAUCACAAUCUUCUUAAUAUGUUUGUUACUUUAAACAAUGAAACAAAAUGUAGUGUUAAUUGAGGGAAUAACUCAGCUGCUGCUCUGUCACUGCCAUUGUAAGCUUAAUGCUACUCUGUGGGGACUUGAUUGAACAUAAAUACACACUUUAAAGGCAAUUUGCACCUCCUAGGUGUAAUUCAGACAGGUCAUAGAUAGUAAACUAUGAUUACUUUUUACAACAGUUGCGUAUAACUACAAUUUAAUAGUACCCAAAGUUCAAAAAAUGUCUUGGAUUUUUAAUUCAUAAGAUGGGUCUGAUUAUACACAGUACAUAUAAUCUUUCUCAUUUGUUGUGUAUUUAAGUGCUCCUCAUUGUCUUUCUGAUUAAAACUCUACUCUUGACUCACAUUAGCAAACCAUUACUGCCCAUGUCAUCAAUCUCCCAUGUCCACAGUUUUCCCGAUAUAUUAGUAUCUGUCAGUUUUUCUUCUGCUGUAUUUACAGAGUCAAAUUGAAAAAAACUGUGAUAUUUAUUUACUUUCCAGAAUGUGUAUUCAAUGUAGCUGUGUAGUAUUUUGUUUUAUUGGCAGUUUUUGUACUGUUAUCAGGAUUUGACCAUAUAAGUCAUUGUUUCAGUUUUAAUGAGUUCAUUCAUCUGUUGUUAUUAUGUUUUUGCUUUGUGCAAAAAUCCUUGCAUAUUUUAAAAUAUUAAUUCAAUUAAAAGUUUAACUCAAAAUAGAUUUAUUUAAUUUGUUUUCCACCAAACUGUGGAGCUGUAGUAUUUCAUAAAUUACUUUAUUUUCCCCCCAUGUACUCAUGGUAUCUAACUGUCCUCUUUACCAUAUUUUCAAACAAAAGUAAUAGGGUCCACUUUUGCAGAUGUAUAUACAAUUUCCUCCAAUUAUAUUGUAUAAUAGACUUUGUUGGUCUUGCAGAUGUUCAUUUUACAAACAAGAACUAGUAUUAUUAUAAAACAAAUGAACAAUACUGUAAUCAAGCCUAUCAGAAAUUACCGUAUAAUCCUCCAAUAUACCCAAACCUUCAACACAUCCCCAUACUCCUAAGUUUGACUAGGUUUAUAUAUAAUCUUAACAUAACCAUUAUGGAUAACUUAUUACAUAUGGAAACCUUAAAUGUGAAAUAUAACUAUGAAACAGAAACAGAACUAUGAAAUAUGAAAUAGAAGAGAUCAGUUAGGCUGUAAUCAAACUUUUCACAUAUAAUAAUCCUCCAUUACAUCCAAACCUACAGCAUGCACAGAGAAAAUGAUGGUCAUUCCCCUAAUGUUAUGUCUGAGUAGGUCUAUGCUCGAAAUUAAUAUAGCCAUUAUAGGUAACUUGGAAUGACUGAUUUACUGAAGACAUUAGCUUCCCAAGAAAAUUAUCACAGUAACAUUAAUAGAGAAAUUUAAUACAGACUACCCAGAAAUGAAAUAGAAAACAAACUUUUAAGAUAACUGCUGACCUGAAGUUAUCUACGUAUUUACAACAACAAUGGUAAAACGUACACUGUAAAUAGGCCUUCAUGAAAUGGAAAUAUUGACAACAAACCUAAUAGUAAAUCAUAUGUUGAAAUAUGAACACAGUGAAAAUUAUAGAAGAAGCAGUGAUACAGUUGUGAGUAUUAUAUGUAUGUUAAUAAGAACCUCAAAACAGUGAAUUUCAGCUGUAUGGAAAGUAGCUGAAGACGAAAAUUUUCAUCUUAGUUCAAAUGUUAUCAGCAGUCUUGCAACAGUUUUAAUGUGCAGUUUGUGAUCAUUGUGAAAGAAUGAUCCUGCUAUGAAAAUGUUUCUGAGCUGAAAUAUAAAGAUUUUCAUAUUCAGUUACUGUGGUACUAACUAACUAACCAACUAACUGUAUGUGAUUUUGUACUCUAUACAUUUGUAGUACAUUUUUGCACUGGAUAAUUAUCUUAGUUCACCUUUAAUGUAUAUGUAUAUCU